AUGGAUGAAACUACCAACCUGACCUCUGGAACUCCCGAAUAUGUCGCCUAUGCAGCCACCAGUGACAACAGCAACAACGACAACAACACUGGCGCUAGCAACAGCAACGACCCGCCCACUCCAGGACGCAUCCGCAAUCGCCGUGUGAUUCUCGCUGGUGGCACCGAUGCACCUUUGACACCCAACACGACGCACAAUGACCCGAGUUUGCGCAAUUUGUUGCAAACCGAACAUCUACGAGGAUCCACUCGAAUGCUCCACGAAUACUACAACAAACAACCCACACAGCAACAAGCAUCCAAUCACAAGCGACGUUGGUCGUCUGGGGAUGCCGGAAUCUUGCCCUUGCUGGAAGAUCACGAACUGAAUUUGGAUGUCAUGGACACCGAUCUUCCUGGCCUGACUUUAAAGGAUGCUCCAGAAUUACCUACUCUUGGAGGAGGAGGUGGUGGUGGUGGUGGUGGUGGAGGGGGCAUGGAUGUUUCUUCUCUGCGUCUUAUCCAUGCUUCCUUUCGCAGACAUGUCAGGCACGUCCACAAAGGAUUCUUUCAAGAUGCCAUCUCCCUGGCGGAAGGUACCAUCCCCCAAUCCGUCGUCUUGUCCUUUAUCAUUGGCAUUGUCUGUGGCGUGGCGGCCUUCUUGUACUACACAACUCUCUUCUUCCUCCUGGAAUACUGCUGGCAUACCUUUCCGGAAAAAUAUGUUGUCCCGAAUGUUGACCCAGCCUACCAUUGGAUCUAUGCACCCUGCCUGUCCUUUUUCUUUGCCAUACUGGUGGGCUUGAGCGUGGUAUUCCUCGGAGAACCUGGAGAUCUUCCCUUUACCAUUUCCUGUAUUCACAAACAGGCGUUCAUCCCCAUGAAUCACGUGACUCCCAUGUUCUUUGCUAGUUUGUUCUCCAUCCUGGCGGGUGGUAGUCUCGGACCAGAGGCCCCAUUGGUUGCCAUGUGUGGUGCUCUCGGAGGGUUUGUCUCACGAACGCUCUUUGGACAAACACACGUUCAUGUGGUGAGGAAACAUACCCUCAUGGGAAUGGCUGGAGCACUCUCCGCCUUUUUCGGAUGCCCAUUGGGCGGAAGUCUGUUUGCAUUGGAAGUCAACUCGAGGUUUGGGAUUGAGUACUUUGAACACAUGGUGGAGGCCAUCUUUGCUGGGGAAAUAACACUGGUUGUCUUUCGAUCAUUGAGUGGAUUGCCCAUUUCCUCCAUCUGGAAUCUAACUGCCGAGAACAAUGGACUUCCCAUGAUGGAAGCUGCGCCGUGGAUGGUCGCGGCGGGAGGAGCCAUUGGAUUGCUGGGUGCAGCAGUAGCAUACCUGUUUGCCUUGUUUCAUUGGGCUCAGAUGGGAUUAUUCGACAAACUCGGACUGCUGGACAAUAGCAAAGCAGUGUACAGAGCCCUGCUCGGGUGUGCUGUCAUUUCUGGUAUUGGAUUAUUCGUUCCCCAUACAUUGUUCUGGGGUGAGGAAGAGUUUCAAGUGAUUGCCUCCAUGUCACCAGCCAGCGAGCUGCCCUUUGUGUGGCCUACGACGGGACUCAUUGGAUUUGAAAACACAAACAUUGUCACAUCGCUUAUCAUUGGAUUCUUAAAGAUUGUUGCAAUCUCCUACACAGUGGUGGGUGGCUUCCGAGGGGGCUACAUCUUUCCUUUCUUUGCCACUGGAGCAUGCUUUGGCCGUGCACUGUACAUUGUCUGUCCCUUCAUCCCCUUGCCCGUGGCGAUUCUCAGCUUCAGUGCAGGAAUCAAUGUUGCUAUUACGAGGACUGCCUUGGCCAGCAGUAUCAUCUUGGCAUUUCUCAGUGGUGAGCCUUUUGCACUUCCCGCCAUUCUAUCAGCUUCUCUAUGUUCUUUGUUUGCUACAGCCUACGUGCCCUUUAUCAAGACACAAAUCACCAGGAGUGAUAUUGAUCACAGUAUGUUCCACCAAAAGAGGAUAGUCACGAAGAAUGUGCACAAAGAAGAAUAG